AUGGCGCAGAGCAUUCCCCAGAACGUAAUCGACGGCCUGCGAACUAUGCUAUCGCUGGGCAGUUCAAACGACAAUGAGACAAGCUCUUCUUCUUCUUCGGGCGACUUGACGCCCGUUGAUGUGGUUAUUACGAGAAUCAUGCUCACCAAGGGGAGGAAGCUUCCGCCGGGUGUUGUUGAUGUUAUCUUCGACUUUGCGGAGUAUUGGGCGCAUUCGAGUAAUGAGGUUGAUUACAUCGCUGAGCACUCGAGUCCUCUCCGCGUCAACGGCCAAAGCCCCUCUGAGAACAAAUUCCUUCUUCGAUCCUUUCCUGUGGGUCUAACAGGCAUUCAAGGCAAGAAAGCGCUUGCUGAAGUGUUGGCGUAUGAUCUGAACGAGGCGAAGCCGGCGCCUUUAAAGACGGAGCAUGAUGCUUCGUAUUUCGCUAAGCUGGCUGACUAUCCUACCCCGAAACUACUCCAUCCUGUGAGAAAGGUGGUCUUUACGAUACGGAGUAAGGAUCAAGGGUGGGGUGGUGAGCCGGAUAAUCGACAUACCUACAACGGAGCCUGGACGUGGUUCGAAGCUGGUCUAGAGAAGUUUGACGCCGAACAAACCUGUAGGUCCCAAGACUACCCUAUGAAACAUAAUGCUGACUUUCUAGGCGAUCCAAACUGCACAUACGACGUGCGCUUCAAAUCAGCAUCCUCUGUGGCAUCACCCCUCCCCGUCUGCGCCCUCCGCCCCCUCUACCCCUCCAUCGUCCCCAAGGGCAGCGACAAGUUCGCAUACUCGCACCCCCUCGCCCACCAAGAGAAAUGGACCAUCGUCCGCAACAAGACAGCGCACCGCGCCUGGCAAGACCAUGUGAUUACGUGGGCGUGGGACGACGAUGCCAAGCCCGACUCUGAGGCUGCUGUCAGGAUGAAGGCUGAGGAGGGACGGGGCGAGGAGACGGGUGAUGGGUGGUUCGUGAGGGAUUUGAAGAUGGGAGAUGUUGUUACGGUUUGGGCGAAGGCGAGGUUUGGAGGGUGGGUUAAUCAUAUUGAGAAGGUCAAGAUUGAUGUUUACUGGGCGGUUUGA